CCGGAACGGAGACAUCUUGCUUGUCACUGGCCCGCCAGUUGCCAGGAGUUCGAGGCUUUCUUGUGCAAAAUGGACCGCCUCAACGACACUUUCGUCUUGGAUCAGCCUGCCGUUGUCACCGGCGUCUCUUCCGCCAAGUCGCCGGGUCAAUCGUCUCAUGCGUCGUCCUCUGCCCCAGCGGUCGUCAAGCCACUCGGCCUUCCGGCGGUCGGCUAUUUGGGCCGCACACCAAUCUACCUUGCAGCUCUGGAGGCGGCAUGGCGACGCCGAAGUCUGGCCCGCCUGUUGGCCAGAGCCAAUAAGAAUCUCUUCAACCGAGUGCUUAAGCGACACCGUCAGUUAUGGCUUGUCGCCGCCAGCUCACUUGCCUCACUGGCGCGGGCAUCAGAGCGAACUGGUACUGUCGCGGGAGCCUUCAGGUUGGUAGACAAAAAUCGCUUCUUCUAA